AGGUCUCUGUGACUGACAACUAGCGUCAUGAGUGACAAGAAAUCCCGACAUGUCAUCUACAAGAAAACCUCCCGGGACAAGGCGGUGAGUGUAUAUCUGGGCAAAAGAGAUUAUGUUGAUCACGUGGAAUCUGUGGAUCCAGUAGAUGGAGUUGUGUUUGUGGAUCCUGAUCUCCUUAAAGGAAAGAAAGUAUACGUCACUCUGACUUGUGCAUUCCGCUAUGGUAAUGAAGAUAUUGAUGUAAUCGGACUGACCUUUCGCAAGGACCUUUAUUUUGCGCGGACGCAGGUUUAUCCUCCCGUGGAAGAUGUGAAAUGCCUCACCAAAACUCAGGAGCGACUGAUGAAGAAGUUGGGGAACAAUGCCUAUCCUUUCUUGAUGGCGUUCCCAGAUUACUUGCCCUGCUCAGUGUGUCUUCAGCCAGCUCCAACAGAUGUGGGGAAGGCAUGUGGUGUGGAUUUUGAGAUUAAAGCAUUUUCUGCAACCAACUUAGAGGACAGAGUUCACAAGAAAAACUCUGUGCGUCUGUUGAUCCGCAAAAUCCAAUACGCGCCUGACCAGCCAGGACCUAAACCCCGCGCAGAGACCUCUUGGCAGUUCUUUAUGUCGGAUAAACCCCUACACUUGACUGCUUCUCUGACCAAAGAGGUGUUUUAUCAUGGAGAACAGAUUUCUGUGGCUGUUUCUGUGACCAAUAAUUCAGAGAAAACAGUCAAGAAAAUAUCUACAUCAGUGGAGCAAGUUUCUAAUGUGGUGCUGUAUUCUAGCGAUUAUUACACCAAGACGGUGGCUCUGGAUGAAUCUCAGGAUAAAGUACCAGCAAAGGGCACUUACAACCACACCUUCACGCUGCUGCCUAUCCUGGCAUAUAAUAGAGAAAAACGGGAAAUCGCACUAGAUGGAAAAUUAAAGCAUGAGGACACCAAUCUGGCUUCUAGCACCCUGCUGAAGGAAGGUAUUGACCGCACUGUCAUGGGAAUCCUGGUCGAUUACAAGAUUAAAGUCACACUCACUGUCUCUGGCUUGUUGGGAGAUAUGACUUCCAGUGAGGUCUCCACAGAACUUCCAUUUAUUCUCAUGCAUCCUAAACCAGUGAGCAGGAUGAGGAUAUGGUAUUUGAAGAAUUUGCACGGGACCAACUUAAGGAUGAAUUACAACAGGAAGACAAGGAGGAAGAGGACGAAGAUGAGAAAUAAAAAAAACAUGUCUAGCAAUAUUACUUUGCAAGUAGCAACGCCACUUUGGGCGUUAUAAUAUUAAUGGAAACUCUAAUUGAUCAGAACUAGGUAUACUUAAAUUUAUAUAUUUUUGACAUCAUAGUUAACAAGAUGUAUUCAUUUUUUCAUAUGCUGUGUAUUUGCCAUCAUAUUCUAUCUGCUUCAGUUAUACCAGGCAUAUCACAUGCAAACCUAUCCCUACUGACACAGGAUCAUAUUCAGCAUCAUUUGCAGUUGUGCUAAUUUAGCAAAAUUGCAACUGCAUAUGUUUGCAUGCUUGGGGACGCUCAGCACAGGGCAAGGUCACCCAUUAUGCUAAGUGCCACCCAGCGCUGCAUUCGCAAUCCAAUUGCGAUUGCAUCACAAUCAGUUCAUGAUCUCAGCAACUAGGGUCGACCCCUGCCUACACAGCCUGGCUGUGAAGGCAGGUGCAGCAUGGAUAUGUUUCCCUUUGCAGCUGUCCGGCCCCGCACACAUUUUUGACACCACGCUCCCACAAUGCUGCAUCGCCGCCCCGACCGCCCCACAAACGACUCUUCCUGUCAAUUAGGCAGAGGCAUUCACAUCACUGUGAUGUGAUUGUAUCUCCUAGGCCGCGCACAUGCAGAAUGGGUCCUGCGCACUGGACCGAUAUUCUGAAAAUUGCGAACCUGAAUAAGGCCCAUAGUUACACCAUUAGAAAGGAAACUGUCUCACACACUGAUCAGCACUCUCAUCUCAAAAUACAUUUUGUUCUAUGAGCAUUCAUUGGUUAAAGUUUGUUCUAUCUUAGCCUGUUUAAAAACUGGGGACAUUCAGUUGAGCAACAGAUAAAUACUGAUAUGAGUAAAGUGCUUAGGCCCUAGUCAGACACACCUUAAAAUGACUCACAGGUGACUGGUUUCUGUAUUUUACUGUAUUUGUAUCUUUUCCUGAUCCUGGGAUGUUAUUAUGUUAGUAGUAUAACAACUAACACAUUUUGCUGUUGUCGUACUGUCUGCAGUACUCCUCAUCCAAAGCCUGAGAGAAGCCUGAACAUUAAAUAUUGGCUGGAGUCCUAUGUCUGUUUGCAUUUACCAAAUAAUACCUUACAUUUGUUCGGGUGCAACUGCAGAAUGGAUUUUAAUUGUUGUAAACUAAUCUGAAGAGAAGAAUAUUGCUUUUUAAACUUAUUAAAGUUGCCCUUUAAACUUAUUAAAGUGAUAUACACAUGAGUGAAAACCCCAUAUAAAUAGAAAGAUUGAUUCUAGAAUUAAUGGGAUGUGAAGAGUUGUGUGAUACUGUGCAUUGCAAUGAAAAACAAUAAAUAGCUAAUUCACAGCUAAAAACAA